AUGGAGUCAGACUCUAUUCUCAAGGGUCUUGACAACUCGAAUAUCUUUGCCAGGCUUUCCCACGGCCAAAAGACGACGCCUCUUGAGGAGGGAGACGACAAGACCGAAUCUCUUGAAGAAGAAUCCGAAGAGGAAGAAAGUUCGAGAUCCGGUGGUGAGAGGAGCAUUACUGAAUACAACAGCGAGUCUUCUUCUAGUGGGCCCACAAAUAAGUCGGAAGAAGCCGUCGAAGAUAACCCUGAGAUGGAGAUUCAUCACGAUGAAGAUGUGGUUUUGUCUCCGAUCAUGGAAGUCGUACCUGCUAGCAAUCCGGAGAUGGAGAUUGGUCGUCGUGAAGGUGUUGUCAUGCUUCGGAUGCCCGAAAACGCUCUCGUGGCUGCAUGUGCGAUUGUUGUCAAGGAAUCCCUGCCGGUUGUGGGAUCAACCGCAUGUGCCAUUUUCGACCCUCCAUUUUUGACUCCUCAUGUGCUGAUCGGAGGUUUCAGCGUACCAGUUAAGUAUGAGGCGCUGUAUACCAAGAUAUGGGAAAGAUAUAGACAUAUCGCCACAUCCAAAAAGAUCACUAGCCGAUUUGUGCUGGUCAAGCGCGUGGAAGAAGUUUUAUCUUCGAUUUAUAACAUGUGCAAUGUGACUGGCCAUACUGUUUCCGAAGAUGUAAUCUCAAGCUGAAAAUUUCACCGGGAUGUGUGUGUGGGCUUUGAGUUCAAUGUCUCCUGGUUCUGUGAAGGUAUUUAUGAGGUCCAAUGGUUGCAGGCUGAAGCGGCUGACGGUCCUUCCGCGGAUUUGAUUAAUCAACAGGAGGCGGAAGUCGAGAAGUUGUCCCAGGAGUUGAAGAUGAAACAGGCGGCCCUCCAA